AUGGGGCAGGGCUUGCCGAAGGCCGUCACUUCGGUGGCGGUCAAGAGAGUUGGCGGCACGGCCUUUCGUGUUGGUUUUGCGGAGAUGAAUGGAUGGCGACCUAGCAUGGAGGAUGCCCACGUAAUCUAUGCCCAAGAUACCUGGGGCUUUUUUGGCGUCUUCGACGGUCACGGUGGUGAUCAAUGCUCUGGCUUCAUAGCCAAGCGCAUCAACGAGGAGUUGGCCAAAACCGGCAUGCCAGAAAGUGACGACGCCGUUACGGAACUGGCAUUCCGCUUAGACAAGGAGUUUCUCGACUCCAACCAGCCUAGUGGAUCCACAGGAACCUUUGUGAUUGUUCAAGCGCCAAGCACACCUGGAGGCCAGUACCACCUUCGAGUGGGAAACAUUGGUGAUAGCCGUGUACUUCUGGGGAAAGCUGAUGGUUCGAUCUUCCCCGGGCCUGGAACCGACCACGGCCUCACCACGGACCAUAAGCCAGACCUUCCGAGUGAAAGAGCUCGGAUUGAGCGCACUGGCGGGAACGUGCAGGAAGUGAUGGGAGUGGCGCGGGUGAACGGAGAUUUGGCCGUUAGCCGGGCAUUCGGCGACGCUCAGCACAAGAACACGGGAGGUCCAAGCCCGAAGGAUCACCCGGUGAGCUGUGCUCCCGAGCUGCAGGAGUUCGACUGUGAAGCCACAGAUUUUCUUAUGCUGGUUUGUGAUGGAAUCUCGGAAGGCAGCUUUCCGAACGAUGCGGUCGUCAAACUGGCAGCUGAGAAGCUGCAAGCGACUGAGGGCCGACCUGUUGAUCCCGCUCAGGCCGCGAUUGCUGUCUGCCACGAGGCGAUAAAGUGUGGAUCCAAAGACAACCUUUCUUGUAUGAUUGUGCUCCUGGGCGGCGGUGAGGUGCCUGGCGAGCCAGUGGAGUUCAUUCCAGGUCCCUUUGAAGCACCUGAAAACGCUGCUUUUCGGAAGGCCUACGCAUCAAUGGCCGAGCAUGCUGGGAUCACACUGCCACAAGCGCUGGAGAAGCGCUAUUGCAACUGCGAGAAGGAGCUGGCCACGAUCAAUGAAGAUUCCGACGCCGCCAAAGAAAUGGCAGCAGAGCUGAGCCAGUACGCUCCAGGGCCAGGAAAGGACCUCGAACCAGGCUCCACCGACCGGGUCGAAUGGUUCCAAAAUUGGCUGGAGAAGACUAGCUCAGAGAGUGCAGCUGGAGGAAUGGGAGAGGGAGGAGACUCUGAAGGCAGUGCGGCCCUCUCGCGAGACCAGCUCCUGGAGAUGUUGCAGAACAAUCCGCGAUUGCGUGACAUGGCCGAGUCAUCAGGCCUAGGCCUUGACCGGCUAUUGAUCCAGGACCAAGAGCCCAUGAGGACCGUGAGGGUCGCAAAGUUGGAGGAGCUGAAGCCGGCAGUGGAAGCACAUAGCGCUCUGAAGUGGGACGACCGCUUGGCGGAUGCCUGCGGUUGCGAAGGCAUCGUUCUUAGAGACGACGAAUCGGACGGCACAGCCCAGGUCAGAUUUCCACCACCAUUGGGGUUCAAAGCGUGGCUCCCAACAAGCAUGCUCCAAGAACUGACGCAGCCGUGCAAACGGGUGAGAGCUUGCGACACCGAGCAGCUCGUAGAAGCCGUAGAGGCCCAUUCCGCGCUGAAGUGGGACGACCGACUGGCCAAGUUGAGCGGCCAAGAAGGUUUUGUGGUGCAGCACGAUAAGGAGGAUGCCACUCUGCAAGUUCGAUUUCCUUCUGUCUCACUUACAGCCUGGCUGCCGGAAUCGACUUUGACCUAUAUCGAGGAGGCACAUUCUUGA